AUGUACGAAGAGAAACUAGUGCUACCUCCGGACGGCGUCGGCUGUGUGGCCACGCAGGCUAUUGCAUCUGGCCAGGAGAUCAUACAGGAGUAUGAAGCGAAACGUGGGUCGACAGGAGCAGAGGAGAAUACCGGGUGUACUCUAAUCAUGACGUUUUCUGGAGCUGUAUCGCUAACGCAAAAACACAAACGAGCUUGUAUGUACUUUCAGUACACCAUUAUGAUUGAACAAAGCACUUUGCAAUGUGAGAAGAAAAUGCGCCCUUCUUUUACACCGACAGAACUGCCCUGCCGACGAAUAACGUUUCUACUUCCAUACACGACGGCCUUGCCUGGUCCCCUCCGACUUUCUGGUAGUCAACCCGACUGCAAACAACAACCGCGACCCCGCCACUGCCGAGGAGUACCGAGACCAACGCGACGCGUUUCUGUCCGACGUUGCAGCUGCCCAUCUCUCACAAAAGCAGAAAACCGCGGUGCUGCAGCUCGCCGACGCCUACAAGGGGGAGUUUCAGCGGGAAGAGAAACAUUUGUUCACCAUCGCUCUCACCAACAGCUACGAACCCGGGCUCUUUCUCCGCAUCGCCCGCCUGAACCACAGCUGCUGUCCGAAUGUGGAAUUGCUCGUGGAUGAUAGAAAAGAACGACAAAGUGGAGAUUCUGACGCUAGUACCAUUACAGGAAAUACUACUUCGCUAGAAGUAGUAGCCCGGGUCACCGCGCUCCGGCACAUUGGGAAAAACGAGGAGUUACUCACCUCGUAUGUCGACCCCUUUGCGUCGUUUUCUACACGGCAGCGCGUGUUGGAAACAACCUACCGCUUUACCUGUUUGUGCCCUUGCUGCGCCAGGUGUGCGAAUGACGCGGUGUUUCGAGCUGCCUCCGACCAACGGCGCGCCCGGUGUCGCAGGAUUCUCGACGUGCUCGAGCUCGGGAGUUGUGGAAGGGCCGUGCCGGGUUUUGCUGUUGACAGCGAUAAAACAAGCAGUAUGGAAAUCGAAGGACAUCAAAAAGAAGAGCAGGACGUGGCUGAAGACGUAGAAGAUCUUCACGAUCUUGAUCCCGCUUGGCGUGCUUUGCUUCAAGAACUUCAGGAUAUUAUUUUCGACAAUGUCCUGAAAGAUGAAAAUAAAUCGCCUCCGAGGACGAGCCCGGGCACCACGGAUGCAGCAGCAAUAGUGUCACAAGGGCACAACGAGCAAAAAUACAACCCCGCGAGGCGGUGGCUUCUUCGCUACCGCCCUUCUGCCACGAAGGAUGCGUUUCUGCCGAUUCCCGCGGAAGGUCUCGUAGGAAAAGAGGGCAUGGCGUUUCUGUUCCGAAAUGUCAACAUUCCCGGGGAGCACAUUCGCAAACUGGCGCUAGAAGCGCUGCGGUUGCUCGCAGAAGAGCAGCUGUGUUGCGGCAGUGUUUAUCUUUUCAAACUGCGUAUGGCAGCGUUGAUAGGGGGGUUGCGAACGGUGAUAGGCAGUUCGAUUUUCGAAGGAAGGCGCAGGGGAGAUGAAGCAGGAAAACAACAAAAAAACGAACUACUGUUGUGGUGCCAAAGGUGGUUGAAGGAAGAGAUUUUGAACGAUUCCGGCUCCUUCAUUUACAAACAAGCUGUGCAUGACGAGCUCGAUCCUGAAACAGAGCUGUGUUUCUUGCGGAAACUGGACGCAGCUUUGGAUAAAAAUUGGGUUGCGCCAUUAUUAAAACAGAACUGACUGCUCCUGUCAGGGCUAUAAUUAAAACAGAAUUGACUCUUUGUCAGAUGAAGUGGUCGCUCAGCAAGUCAAAUAUCAAAAGCAAACUUUCCUGCCGAAGUUUUCUUUCUGCAAAAAUGCCACACCUCCGCUCAAGGGCGAAAAAUUCCGUAAUGGAAGAAAAAAAAUUAAUCCGAC